AUCAACAAAACGUCAGCUGCCUUUGUCAUCCUUGCUGUUUUUAUUCGCCUAUCCGAAUUUCGUCGUAGUAAUUUUGCCUUUUGUACUCGUAGCAUUUCUGCCGUUCAACAACAAUGUGCGAUUCCGAUAGUGAAGAGUUUGCGAGUGCUGAUGAGGAUUUUGAAGAAAUUGAACCAGAUGAGCUGGAGGAGGUGCUUCAGAGCACAAAACCGUCGGAUGUGUCUUCAAAGAAAAAGGAACAGCAGCUUGCAGCUCCAGAAUCACCCACAAAAUCUGACGUGGAACCUGUAAGCAAAUCAGCUCGCGAGUCGAAUGCAGAUCAACUGGUGGAUAAAACACAGUCUCCGGAGGACAGUGUGGCUAGCUCCCCACCGACUUCUACUUCGAUCGUUGCAGACGUGAAAAAUGAAGAAAAGACACCCGUUGUGCCGAAGUCUGUGGAUGGCAAAAGCGAUUCUUUGCAAGAGGACCAGGCUACGGGUUCCACGACGGCUAAGAAAGAAAAAGAAAAAUUAAAUACAAAUGUCAGCCCUGCUAGCGAUGUUGAAAAAGAUGAAGCACUUGAGGCAAAAGCCACACGAAAACCAUCUCCAGCAUUGCAGCCUAGCAACGAUGAUGAGAAAGCACAGUCUCCACCCGAAGUAAAAAGUUCGAACAACGUUCCCAAGAAGCUUGUGCUUAAGCCAGCCAAGCCACAGAUACUGGAAGAGAGUGAAAAGCGAGUUCCGGAACCGGAACGGACCGCACCAGAGCAGAACAAACCGCAAAGCACAUCAGGAGGAGUCGAAGAAGGAGGCUGGGACGAUUUCGAUGAUGAUUGGGGAGAUUUUACCGUUGAGGGUGGUGCCACUGUAGCACCCAAAGCCGACGUUAAGGAGGUGGCGGUUGCUAGUUCUGCAAAAGCCAGCUUUCGGGACGUGGAUAUCGAUGAGGUUGAGCAUAAGCUACAAGAUUUUAUGAAACACAAGGACGAUCCCCCCUUAACGUCCGUGCUCGAUCGACUUUCGUCGGGAGCGGACAGUGCUAAAUCAUCGGGUGAUGCCGGACAAUCCUGGGGUAGCUGGAAGCCAUCCUGGGGCGGAGCAGCCGUUUCCUUCCUUUCGAACGCAUCGAAAUCCGUUGCGUCGAUUACAACCAACAUUACGCAGGUGAUUGAAUCGGGCAUUGGGGUACCGAAUCCGGAAGAGUUGGCCCGCCGUCAAGCGGAGACCGAAGCUAAGCUAAAAGCGGAAGGUUACCUUCGAGAGGAACCGGACCUGGACCAGGGAGCCCCAUCGGCGGAACGACAAACCGAAGACCGGUUCGGUUUCGAUCAACUCGUUUCCGGUGUGACACAGAUCAGCAGUAAGGUGAUAAGCGGCGGGCUAGAUACGCUGGAAGGAAUUGGAAAGAAAACGAUGACAAUACUACAAGAGAACGAUCCAGGGUUGUUGAACAAGCGAAAGCUGCUCGGGCUGCAGCCGAACGAUGGGGUAGUGUUGAGUCAGGUUUUGCGCGAGGCAAAAGCGAAGACGGAAGAACGUGAACGCAACUUAAAGCAAAUCCAAAAGCACCAGUAUAAGAAAAAGCUUCACUUUGAAACGCUGUUCGACGAUUACCACGGGUUGGUGCAUCUGGAGGCACUUGAAAUGCUGUCGAAGCAAGCAUCGCUAAAGCUGGAAUCGUUGAUGGCUCCCCUAACCGGGAAAGCCUUAGAGGAACUGCAGGAAACGAUGAGCGAAGUGAAGGAGCUGUGCGAGCUACCCGAAACGGACAACGACGAUGCUGAUGGGCUACACACGGCGGACGAGCUAGAGGCAAAGCUGCUGGAAACCAUCGCCGAUCUUAACCCGAACGUUAAGGUCGACUUUGGGGAGAUCGUAAAGAGUUGGACCGAGUACACCGAAUGGAUCGGCAACAAGAGCGAACCGGAACGUACCGGGAAGGAUGUGUUUGAAAAGGCGAUGCAUGCACUAGCCCAGACGACGGCGCUGUGUGUGCUGCGGAUGCACAAGCUGGCGGAAAUACUGCUCAUCAGCGACCAUCACAGUACGGCCACGGAAGCGGAUGUGCUGGUACAGCUAACGGCCGUGUUCUGCUGGCAUCUGAGCGGUGUUGCGACCCGGUUCUGCUCGGAACUGACCAAGAUGAAGGACGAGUCUGGAGAUGAUAACGACAGUGCGCUUAUAACCAACAUAUUCUUGGAGGGCUCGAACAGCACGUCGUACGUUCAGAACGCGUUUCAACUUUUCAUUCCAAUCCUGCAACUUGGCGCGGCUUAAAACCAACCUUGAAGGAAAGUCACGUUUCUUCCGUCACCAGCAUCACCAAGAUGGUUGAGAAAUAUCCUUACGUUAAUCGUUUUUUCAAACCUGUUUUAAGAGAAUAAAACAGAAACUCAAAGAGAUGGAUAGUAUUUAUAUUGUAGUAAGUAAUAAAGAAUACAAAUUCACGUCGUUUUAUAAUUCA